AAAAGAUAUAGAAAUUCAUUUUAUUUAUUUGAAAAAAAAGUUUUUUAAAGAAUAGUGAUAAGGGGAUUGAAUGCUCCAAAAUGAAUGUGAGAGGGAGGACGGAGCCGUCGAGGCCCUGUCCUAGGGCAGUGAUGGUGGUUGCUGUGGGCGUCGGCGGAGGUUGCGCCGCCGGGCACGGAGGAGGUAUCAGAAGGCGAUAAGAUUAAGAUUGACACAGAACUAGCUCGUAGAAUAUAUUGCUCAUGUUGUUCUUCUAAGUGGAAUUGAUCGAUCCUUCUCCAUGCCUGUCGGAUUAUGGCCUUUUGGCCUCUCCUACAAAUUCUCAAAGUCUCCAAAUAUUCAUUACCUUCCCUUUACUUGUUAAUCUCCAAAUAAGAAGUUAAGAAACCCUAAUGUUGUGUUUGGAAGCACAGAAUCUGUGCAAACUAAAUUUUCUCCUACUCCAAUCCAGUACAUCCCAAAAAUAGCAUAAAAGAAUUCAAAGUCUGUGUAGUGAAAUUUAGCUGCCAAUGGCUUUUGCCCUUUCAAGUUUCAACUAGGUUGAUCAAAAGCUGGUUGUUGAUGAGCAACAUGUUUGGUGGUGUAACGAGAGAAUUGGGGGAGAUAUUUAAGUUGUCUGACAAAAAUUUAAGUGUUUAAUUUGAUGACUAUUCAUCUUUUCUUGAGGUUGCAAUUUUAUUGAGGUCAUGGUUCUAUAUCUCACCGGAACAAUCAAUGUUUGUCUAUCACUGGAACACAGAAAGGAGAUUGUUCGAUGCAUCUAUAAUCAUCAGAACAAAGAUGGUGGAUGGGGAUUGCAUAUAGAGGGUCAUAGCAUGAUGAUUACCACAGCAUAUAACUACAUUGCCUUGCGUAUGCUUGGAGAAGAAACCGGAGACGGUGAAGAUGGCGCUGUUGCAAAAGCCCGGACAUGGAUACUUGAUCAUGGCGGCCUAACAAUGAUACCCUUUUGGGGAAAGAUAUGUCUUUCGGUGCUUGGAGUGUAUGAAUGGUCAGGUUGCAACCCAUUGCCACCGGAAUUCUGGCUUUUGCCUUCGUAUCUACCUUCAAGAAUGUGGUGCUAUUGCCGUGAUAUAUACAUGGCCAUGUCUUAUUUAUACGGGAAGAAAUAUGUUGGGCCGAUCACCGAUCUCAUUCUAUCAUUGAGAAAGGAACUUUAUAAUGAGCCUUAUGACACAAUAAUUUGGAAAAGAGCACGCCACUUGUGCUUGAAGGAUGAUCUCUACUACCCUCGUCCAUUCAUUCAAGAUUUGCUUUGGAAUGGCUUUUAUUACAUUGGCGAGACACUUUUAUCACAUUGGCCCUUUUCCAAGCUGAGAGAGAGAGCUCUACAGAAAACAAUAAAGCACCUUCACUACGAAGCUGAGAAUAGUAGAUAUUUAAAUUUGGCGUGUGUUUUAAAGUUCUUCCACAUGAUGGCUUGUUGGGCAGAAGAACCAAAUUCAAACACAUUCAAGUUUCACCUAGCUAGAGUUCCGGAUUACUUGUGGAUUGCUGAAGAUGGAAUGAAAGUGCAGAAUCUUGGCUGCCAGUUAUGGGACUGUGCGUUUGUUACUCAAGCAAUUAUUGCGAGUGGUCUUGUUGAUGAGUUUGGAACUACCCUGAAAAAGGCUCAUGAUUUCAUUAAACAAUCACAGGUUCGAGAAAACCCAUCCGGUGACUUUAGGAGUAUGUAUCGUCACAUUUCUAAAGGAGCUUGGACUCUCUCUGAAAGAGAUCAAGGUUGGCAAGUCUCAGAUUGUACAGCUGAAGCAUUAAAGGCUCUUCUUCUACUUUCACAAAUGUCGCCAGAGGUGGUGGGAGAAAAAAUUGAAGCUGAGCGAUUAUAUGAUGCUGUGAAUUUUCUUCUUCCUCUACAGGCCAAAACUGGAGGGUUUGCAAUUUGGGAACCACCAACAUUACAACCAUGGUGGGAGUGGUUAAAUCCUUCUGAAAUAUUUGCAAAUGCUUUCAUUGAGCAUGAGUAUGUUGAAUGUACAGCAUCUGUAGUCCAAGCUCUAGUAUUGUUCAAAAUUUUAUAUCCAACACACCAAGCGAAAGAAAUAGAAAUUUCUGUUGCAAAAGCAAUACGUUAUAUCGAAGAUAUGCAAAACCUGGACGGUUCUUGGUAUGGGAAUUGGGCAAUUUGCUUCACCUAUGGGACAUGGUAUGCUUUGGGAGGACUAGUUGCUGGUGGCAAGACAUAUUCCAGUAGCCAAACAGUCCGGAAAGCCUGUCAGUUUUUGCUUUCAACACAACAGGACACAGGUGGUUGGGGAGAGAGUUAUCUUUCAUGCCCAAAUAAGGAAUAUACACCGUUGGAAGGAAACCGUUCGCAUUUAGUACAAACAUCAUGGGCUAUGAUGGCUCUUAUUCAUGCUGGACAGGCUGAGAGAGAUGCAACACCGUUACAUAAAGCCGCAAAGCUAUUAAUAAACUCGCAAAUGGAAAGUGGUGAAUUUCCUCAACAGGACAUCACUGGGGCCUCCUUGAAAACUUGUAUUCUACAUUACGCCACGCAUAGGAGCAUCUUUCCUCUUUGGGCGCUUGCAGAAUAUCGCAAGCAUGUGUUGUUGCCAACCAAAAGCCUCUAGCUGGCAAAAUGGGACUUUUAAAUGGACUAUACUCACUUAUUAUUAUUUAUUUUUUUUCACUUUUUGCUCUUCUUGUUUUUAUUAAUAUCUCUCUCUCUCUCUCUCUCUCUCUCUCAAUGAUGUUUGUCAAAAUGAGCAAAUGUAUUAAUGGAGUUUUAGCUUAGUAGCCUUGUUCAUGUAUUUCAACUGCUGGUCUUUCUGCGGUACAUCUGAUUGUACUGACACACCAAUUUAUAGUUCUUCGCGGUAGAAGUUAUAAUCUAUGGUUGAUGAGUCAGAAAGUCCUAAUUCAUUA